GUGACACAGUAAUUGGACAGGGACUAGGAGCCUACUGAGUGAUGUGUUUUGUCCACGCCAACGUUUUUUCCAAUAUAUUUAUAAAUGACCGUGUCAUUUAGCGCCACUUGACCAGAGAGGUCCCGGUCAUUCGUCUUGAUAAAAACAUGCUAGCAGGCUCUAAACCAACUGACUAUUCAGGCCUGGACAAUGGCUCUCUCUAAAAUCAUGUGCAUAUCCUCAAUAUUUGAACAUUAAGUUUGAAUAAUGGAUUGGGUUGCAAAGUGUUCUGGAAAUCAGGACGUGUUUCAACUACCAGCUUCUCGUGUAUCAGAUGAAAAUGUCAGAGAUAUUGCUAACCAUGACAACGCUUCGUCUACCAUCAGCGAGGGCCCGGAUGCUUGCCGGAUGUCGGACAUCGGAAGUACUUUCAGAUCUGAGAACUUUGAAGAAAUUCGUAAAAGUUUGGAGGAAAUUUGUGCUAGCAUAACAACCUCAGAAGAUGAAAUUAACGAAGAAUUCGAAGAAUCCUGUUCACCUAAGCAUAACAACACUUUCCCUACAAGCAAUGACGCUAGUGAUGAACCUCGGCCAGUAAGUGUCCAAAGUCAGCCAGAUACUUCUUCUAAAACAGUAAGUGAGGCAAGACUUCCGGUCAAUGUCCAAAGUAACCCGGAUACCUCUUCUAAAACAGUAAGUGAGGCAAGACUUCCGGUCAAUGUCCAAAGUAACCCGGAUACCUCUUCUAAAACAGUAAGUGAGGCAAGACUUCCGGUCAAUGUCCAAAGUCACCUGGUCACCGCUUCUAAAACCAGUAGCAAGGUAAGACUUUCUGUCAAUGUCCAAAGAUAACGGAUACCGCUUCUUAAUCGGUAGCAAGGUAAGACUUCCGGUCAAUGUCCAAAGUCACUGUUCACCAUUUCUUAAACCUUAAGUAACGCAAGACUUCCAGCCAGUGUCCAAAGACUUCCAGGCAAUGGCAAAGUUAGCCGGAUACCGCUUGUUAUUGCAGUAGUAAGAUCAUCGUCGGUAUCCAGUGUCGUUGCACUACGCUA